AUGACGAUUCUUGGCCUAGACGAGGACCCGCACAACUGGGCGGAUGACCGCACUCCCCCGCCAGACCUUCACGCAGCGAAUGAACUCGCAUUCAGCAACGCCCCCGAGACGCUUGAACCCAUCUCCCUCCCUGUGCAGGGCACGCUCUCCCCGUGGCUCCAGGGUGUACUCUACCGCACCGGCCCAGGCACUUAUUCCGUCCCUUCGCCGAAAGCGAAGGGUGGGACCGUGGACAUACAGCACUGGUUCGACGCGCUGGGCAUCAACCACAGGUUUUCGAUCUCCCCCAAAGGGGUAGAGUACUCUGCUCGCAAGUCCUGCCUCUCUGCGGAAGAGGAGAUCGCCCGAGAGGGUAAAGUCCCCGGAAUCACGUUUGGAGAAACAGACCCCUGCGAGAAGUUGUUCCACAAAUCUUUUGCCGCUUUCCGCCGCACGCUUGGCUCGGGCCAAGCAGCCCAGACGCAUAAGAAACCCGAUGGGCAGAACGCCCAGGUGACGUUCUCCCUCGACAUGCCAGGCUUUCCCAGGAAGAAGAUCCCCGACAGGCUAGUAGCGCGGGAGCCAAAGGCGGGGGAAGGGCCAAAAUACCUCGUAGCGAAGACCGAUGCUAGCCUGCUCCAGCUGCUCGAUCCGGAUACACUUGAGCCCCUCGCUCUGGCUAUCUAUCGAUCCGUGCACCCCGAGCUAACGGGAGAGCUAGCCGCCGCGCACGCAUGUACCGACUUCAAAGGAGCGUACUACAACUUCGUGGUCAACGUCGGCCCUCGCCCAGUGUACAAGGUCUUCCGCAUCAGCAAAGACGGGGAAGUGAAGAUCCUUGCGGAAGUCACGGAUGCACCAUUGGCUUAUAUACACAGUUUCGCUAUGACGGGGCGGUACGUCAUUCUAUGUGUCUGGGCGUCGGAGAUCACCAAUUACGGCCUGUCCGUCCUCUACCACGGCAAUCUCGCCCAGUCAAUCAGCACCACCCCAACCCACCCAACCACCUUCUACGUUAUCGACCGGCACUCAGGCGGCCUCGUAGCAAAAUACACCACCCCGCCUUUCUUCUGCUUCCACCAGCUGAACGCGUACGACGACCCCGAAACAGAAGACGUGAUCAUCGAUCUUGCCGCGUACCCUGAUGCAUCUUUUAUCCAGCUUUUGUAUGUUAAAGAGCUUCGUCAAGGGCUGAAGGAACAGUUCGGCAAGGCGCGCCGGUACAGGCUUUCUGAUCCUUCCAAAACUAGUGCUGCAACGUCCGCUACUAGGGAAGCACAGGUAGAAUGGACGACAGACGGCAGCAUCGAGCUGCCCACUGUGCGUCCGGAGGUAUACCACAAGCCGUACCGUUUCGCCUAUACCAUAACGUUGACCCGCAACACCCUCCUGUUCGCGGACACGAUCGUCAAGUUCGACGUGUCUACCAGCCCGCCUACGGCACAGCACUGGUACGCCGCUCCGGGGCAGACGGUAGGAGAAGCGCUAUUUGUCAGCCGGCCAGGGAGCACGGAGGAAGACGACGGGGUGCUGCUCACUGUCGUCCUUGAUGGGGUUAGGAGGAGGAGCUUCCUCCUCGUCUUGGAUGCGCGGACGAGGGGGGAGCUCGCUAGGGCCGAGGCGCCUGAGGGCAAGUGGCUCAGCGCCGGGUUUCAUGGUGUGUUCAUCUGAGUCGGAGACGGGUGCGAUCUUGCGACGUGUGCUUAUGGUUAUGCUUAAUAUCCGUGAU